GACGGGGUUUUGUAAGUCCUACACGCCGAGAUGAAAUUCAGAAAGAGUAAAGAUGAAGAGCCCACUGCACCUGGGCAAGUGGCCAUUAAAAAGCGCUCGAAGGUCCCGGGUGUCAUGAUCACGCAGUUCGUGGAGGAAAUCCCUGCCGGAAAAAGUCACCCCGACUUCAACCGCAAACCCAUCGCCCUGACGAUUCAAGAAGGAAAGCUUGCCGUUUUCAAAGCCAUCAUCACUGGAGAUCCGACGCCGGCUGUCACAUGGGCUCGAAACAAUGGGGAUGUAUCUGAUCCUGAGAGAUAUGUUGUGUCCUACGAUCAAAUAUCAGGAGAACAUCAGUUACAGAUGCCCAAUGUUGGAGUUGAUCAAGCAGACACCUACAAGUGUUACGCACAGAAUGAGUUUGGACGUGCCGUGGUCACCGUCACACUCAAUAUCAUUGAAGUCGGGUUCAAGAAGAGCAAAGCGAUGCAGGAGGGACGACUAGAGAAAGCAGCUGCCGAUUUAAAGAAGACCCUGAGGACUCGAGCUGAAACACAGAAGAAAGAAAGAGAAGAUGGAGAAGUUGAUGAGAAGUUUUGGGAGCUGUUGUUGAGCGCUGAUAAGAAAGAUUACGAGCGCAUCUGCAUUGAAUACGGUGUGACGGACUUCCGCGGGAUGUUGAGGAAACUGAACGAGAAGAAAAGAGAAAUUGAGGAUCAGCGGGCGCAGUUCGUUGAACACCUGAGCAAUCUGAAACACAUCGAAGUUAAGACACCAGGAUGUGCCGAGUUUGAAUUCGAGAUGGACCUCAAGGACCCUAAUGCCCGAAUCUUCCUCUUUAAGGAUGGUGUUAUGGUUCCAUUCAACACCGAAACAGAUGAGAAACAUUUUCUGCGUCAGGUUGGCCGAAAAUUCAUCUUCAGUGUUAAUGGUCUAAGCCCAGAAGACGCUGGAAUGUACCAAGUCGAUAUUGAGGGGGUCAAUGUUUUUUCCACUGACUUCAAAAUUCCCGCUGUUGACUUCUUGGUAAAGAUUCAGGAGGUGAAGGCCAUCGAAAGACAGGAUGCUGUUUUUGAGUGCGUCUUAUCUGCUCCGCUCUCAAAGAUCUCUUGGAUGGGAAAGAGCACCCCAUUGGUUCAGGGUGAAAAGUAUGACAUCAGUGUAUCUGAAGACAUGCUGAUCCACAGACUGGUGGUGAAGGACUGCAUGCAGGUGGAUAAAGGCAUCUACGCAGCUGUGGCAGGAAUAAAGUCCUGUAAUGCCUGGCUUAUAGUGGAACCUGACCCUGAUCCCAACAACAGAGGCAAGAAAGCGGCACGCAAAACCACCGUGGCGGGAGGGGGAGGCGCAGACCUGCAGAAGAUCGCCGCCGAACAGCAGGAGAAACUUCAGAAGGAGCGAGAAGAAAGAAUGGAACAAAUAAAAGAGUUUCAGGCCGAGUUAGAGGACGCCAAAGCGAUCGAGACAGAAGUGAAGGAGGAGGAGGAAGUUCCUGCAGGUCCCCUUGAGGUUCAAGAGGGUUCAACGGGAACACCUCAAGCGGUGGAUAAACCCAAACCAAAACCCAAACCUAAGCCAGAAAAAAAGCCGGACACUGGAGGCGUAGCUGAACCUGAAUCUGAACCUGAACCUGAACCUGAACCUGAACCUGAACCUGAGACAAAAGUGCAGAAGAAAGAAGAACAUGUUACGUCACCAGGACAAGUCCCACCACCUCCAGAGGAAGAGUCGACUGGUGAAGAGCCGAAGAAGAGAGUUAGGACCGGACCCUUAGUUCCAGACACCGUAAUUGAUCCGGGGGUUCACUUCACCAGUGGUCUGUCAGAUGUUCAUGCCAUCAUAGGUCAAUCAGCUGUAAUGGAGUGUAAGCUGAGCCGUGAGGACUGCGAUGGUGUUUGGUAUAAAGAUGGAAAAGAUAUAACAGAUACAGAUGCUCUGAAAAUCAUCAAAGAUGGGCUCGUGCGUAAACUAAUCCUCACUAACUGCAAAGAAGACGACAGUGGAAAGUAUCGAUUUGAAGCAGAUGGACGUAAAACUGAAGCGAUAUUGAUCGUGGAAGACCCGCCAAGGUUGAACCAAGAUGACCUGGCCAAGUUCUCCGAGCCUGUGAUCAUCAAAGCCAAUCAAAACGCCACUUUCAAACUGGAGUUUAUUGGUCGUGAGCCAAUAAAAGUGCAGUGGUAUAAUGAGGGGGAGGAGCUAACCGAGGACAAUCACGUCCGGAUCGAAAAGUCGUCCAGUCACAGUCGCCUUCUGCUGGUGAAGUGUCAGCGCAAAGACAGCGGCGAAAUAAAGCUGAAACUCAAGAACGAGUUUGGAACUAUUGAAGCUCUUUCCAAGCUUAUCGUUCUGGAUAAACCCACCAACCCAAUGGGGCCUAUUGAAGUAUUAGAAGCUUCAUCCUCCUGUGUGGAGUUGAAGUGGAGAUCCCCGAAAGACGACGGCGGUUCUACUAUACUAAACUACAGCUUGGAUCGUAACCAGAUCGGGCGGAACACCUGGGUGAAGCUUGGAAACAUCCCUCCCGAGGCCCAUUACAAGGAUAAUGAUGUGGACCACGGAAGGAAAUACUGCUAUCGCAUCAGAGCCAUAACUGCAGAGGGCACAAGUGAUGUUUUUGAGACAGAUGACAUCCAGGCGGGUACCAAGGCGUAUCCUGGACCCCCCUCUACACCCAAGGUGGUCAGAGCCUUCAAGGACCUCGUCACUUUGUCAUGGACUCCUCCCUCCAACACCGGCGGAACAAACAUUGUUGGCUACAACAUGGAGAAACGCAAAAGAGGAAGCAACUUGUGGAGUCAAGUGAAUGCACCUGAGGAACCGAUCAAAGGUAAACAGUACGAGGUGAAGGAUGUGGUUGAAGGAAUGGAAUAUGAAUUCCGUGUGUCUGCCAUCAACUUCUCUGGUGCUGGAGAACCAAGCACACCGUCUGAAUUUGUGAUAGCCAGAGAUCCUAAAAAACCCCCCGGAAAAGUCACAGAUCUAAAAGUGACAGGUUCCUCCCACACCUCAUUGAAUUUGAGCUGGACUAAACCAGAGGAAGAAGAGGGGGUCCAGGAUGAAGCUAAGGGCUACUUUGUAGAAUUAAGACCAGCUGAGAACACAGAAUGGAGUCGCUGCAACUCCAAUGCUCUCAUUUCAACUUCAUAUACAAUCCUUGGCCUUAAAUCUAUGGCCAUGUAUUGGGUACGAGUGAUUGCGACCAAUGAAGGAGGAGAUGGAGAACCACGAGAUCUGGACAACUACAUCAUUGCCAUGCCGCCACCUGUGAGGCCAAAAUUCACAGAUCGAAAAAUGAAGAGCUUCAUGGUUGUGAGAGCUGAAAAUUCUGCCCGGAUCAACAUUAACUUUGAGGCAUCCCCCAUGCCAACUAUAAUCUGGCUGAAAGAUGGAAUGCCCGUGUCCAAACGUGUAACCGUAAGCAACACGGAUGGGCUGUCCCAGCUCCUCAUCCCAUCUUCAGAGCGCUCAGAUACGGGCAUCUACACCAUCAUUGUCAAGAACAUCGUGGGUCAGGAGACAUUCAGCAUUGAGAUCAGAGUUACAGAUGAUCCCAAGCCACCUGGUCCAGUGGAGCUGGAUGAAAAUGUGCCCGGCACCUUGACAGUGUACUGGGCCGCAUCUCCUGAUGAGAAACGUGAUGAUCACCUUUAUUACAUGGUGAUGAAACGAGACUCGGUCAAACGCACCUGGCACGCGGUGGCAGACCAAUUGUUCAACAACAACUUCACAGCAGUUAACAUCAUGCCGGGAAGAGAGUACAACUUCCGCGUGUACGCCAAAAACGACAUCGGCAUUUCUGAACCAUCCGAAUCCCAAACAUGGGGCGUCGUGAGGAAAAAAGAAAAGUUCAUCCUGAACCUUGCCCCAUCCAAAACCUGCAACUUUGAAUCUGCGCCCGUGUUCACGGUUCCACUGAAGAAGCACGCCAGCCCGGAAAAAUACGAUUGUUACAUGAGCUGCGCGGUGAGGGCCGACCCGACCCCGCGCGUCACCUGGUACCGCAACAACAUCAGCCUCAACGCAAACCCCAAUUAUUACAUCACUAACACCUGUGGGGUCUGCUCCAUGCUCAUCUUAAGAGUCGCUCCCAAAGAUAACGGAGAGUACAAAGUCGUGGCGGAAAAUCCCUCGGGCCGGGCCGAGUGCACCGCACAACUGACUAUCUUAGAGUGAUUUUUCUGUGUUCAUGUGACUCAUCUUUCAUUUAUAAUAUCCGACAACCUCAAGCAAGCUGUGAGAGUUUAUACGGCGCUUUUGGGGAAUUGAUACAGUAUGUAUAUGUCAUUUUUCGUCAAGCCAAUGUGGGAUGAUUUCAUGAAAUAAACACCAUUU